AUGGUCCGCUCACUGCCCAUCGUGGCUCUUGCCCUUUUCUCAGCUACCGCUUCUCUGGCUUGUGUUGGCUCUUCUGACAAAGCUGCCGACAACGUGCUGCCGGACACAAGCGACGGGGCCGCCGCUAUCACUCAUCGCCUCACCGAUGCACCACUCGAGUGUCGUUGUGGGAUGUCGCAGUUUCUAACCUUGCCUCAUGCAAACAUCACGCCGCCUGAGGAAGCCAAGCACUGUGCUCGCUACAAACUGAUUGACGCUCGUGGCACGGCCGAACCGCAGGGAGUUUCAACCAUGUUCUAUCCCAUGAUCCAGAACAUCCUGGCCAAUAUGACCGGUGGUGUCAGCCUUCCCGUGGAAUACCCAGCUGGACCAGAUCAGAAUACAACCAGCGGAGAGGAUUUUGUUAUUGACAACAUAACUGAGGGGCUACUCUCCUGCCCGGACCAGAAAUACGCCCUGUUUGGCUAUUCUCAAGGCGCAACAUUGAUGCUUAAUGUGCUCGCCGAACUCAGUCCUUCAGCUCUGAGGUCGGUCACGUCAGUCAUUCUUGUUGGAAACCCAUACCGCAUUCCAGGCAAGAUGUCCAAUGUGGAUGGUGCUGCUCAGCCCGACAAAAGAGUCUCUGUGGGCAUGUUUGCAGAGCCUGCCCUCGCUAGUAAUAGCACUAUCCCUCAGCUCUCAACAGAAGUGGAUAGGAGUGGCAAAGUGCUUGAUUAUUGUCUCGAGAUUGCUGCCGGUCACCUUUCUUAUGGAUUGGUUGACACUGUUCAGGAGACUGCUUUUGGGCACGUGGUUAAGCAAUUUCGGAGUGUUCUUAACUGA